UGAACCUUCUAAACCCGUAGGGACGAGAAGCCGAACGAUUCAGUGCCGCGGAUCUAGUCCAUAACUGAGGGAGGAGUUCAUUCACAGCGCCGUAACCAACUGGACAGCGAAACGAGCGAUGAUCGGCGGGACUUCGCACCCAGACCGUCUGUCCUAAAAAACUGCUGGAAGUAAUUAGAGGGCACGAAACAAGGAUGGAGCACAUCAAAUUUGCAGACUUGGGUGUCGCGGAAAGGAGUGAGAACGUAGACCACACUGCGGGGUCUGCAGCAGCGGCGAGGAGUACAAGCAGAACCAGGACUGAAGUAUACAAAACUCGAGAAGAAAAAGACAGAGAAAAAGCUGAUUCCGAGGACGGAAUGGACUCAGUGGACCCGUCUCAAAAACCCCCUUAUUCAUAUGUAGCGCUUAUCGCAAUGGCCAUCAUGGGAAGCCGCGAGAAGAAGUUGACGCUAAAUGGAAUUUAUGAGUUUAUCAUCCACAAAUUCCCGUAUUACGAAAAGAACAAAAAAGGCUGGCAGAACAGCAUCCGACACAACUUGAGUCUCAACGAGUGCUUUGUCAAAGUGCCCCGGGAGGGCGGCGGCGAGAGGAAAGGAAAUUUCUGGACCUUGGAUUCUGCUUUUGAGGACAUGUUUGACAAAGGGAAUUACAAACGUCGGAGACGGGUCAAACGACCUAACAGACCUCCCCCGGUCCAGUACUUGUCGGGGAAGCCUUGCGUCAGUUAUCCGGAGAGCCGCUGUUUUUACCACAGUCCGCAGUAUCUCCAGAGGCCGUUGGUCAACGCUUCGUGGUCGCCGCCUCCGAGCGCUCCUCUGGACGCCGUGGCGUCCGUGACGUACCAGCAGCCGCAGCACACGGAGGGGAGCUGCAGCUCUGUGUCCGUAAACGGAUUCGCGAGCCCCCCUGUGAACUUUUGUCACGACCAGCACCUGCCGCCCACCUACAGCCGACACCACCGACCCCCAAGCGCUCUGCUCCUGCAAGGCGGGGGGCCUUUCUCCGGCAUGCCUCAGGCGGUCAGACCGGGCCGCGGCUCCCCUGGUGGGAACGUGUACCACCGGUGAACCUAAAG